AUGACUGGGUGGAGCUGCCUCGUGACAGGAGCCGGAGGGUUUCUCGGCCAAAGGAUCAUCAGCUUGUUGGCAGAAGAGAAGGAGCUACAAGAGAUCCGAGCCCUGGACAAGGUCUUCAGACCUGAUAAGCAAGAGGAAUUGUCUAAGCUCAAGCACAAGGUCAAGCUGACGAUGAUGAAAGGGGACAUCUUGGAUGAGCAGUGCCUCAAGAAAGCCUGCCAGGGUAUCUCAGUUAUCAUCCACACUGCCUGUAUCAUUGAUGUAAACGGGACCAUUCCAAGGGAGGACAUCAUGAACGUCAAUCUGAAAGGUACCCAGCUCUUGUUGGAGGCCUCUGUCCAGGCUAAUGUGCCAAUCUUCAUCUAUACCAGCACCAUAGAGGUGGCUGGACCCAACUCCUACAAGGAGAUCAUCCAGAAUGGGCAUGAAGAAGAGAAUUAUGAAUCUAAAUGGUCCUCUCCAUAUCCUUACAGCAAAAAGCUAGCUGAGAAGGUUGUGCUGGCAGCAGAUGGCUGGACACUAAAAAAUGGUGGCACGUUGUACACUUGUGCAUUAAGGCCCAUGUACAUCUACGGAGAAGGAAACCCAUUCAUUUGUCAACAAAUAAACGAAGCUCUACAGAAUAAUGGCAUCCUAUUGAAUUUCGCUAAGCACUCCCUUGCCAACCCAGUCUAUGUUGAUAAUGUGGCCUGGGCUCAUAUUCUGGCCGCAAGAGGGUUGAAGGAUCCCAAGAAAGCCCCAAACAUCCGAGGACAGUUCUACUACAUCUCAGAUGACACACCUCAUGAAAGCUACAGUAAAUUCAAUUACAUCCUGAGCAAAGAAUUUGGUCUCCACAUUGAUUCUGGAAUGAGCGUGCCUGUCUUCGUGAAGUACUGGGUGGCCUUCUUGCUGGAAAUAAUAAGCUUCCUGCUAAGUCCAGUUUACAAAUUCCACCCUCCCUUCACCCGUCACCUGGUGACAUUGUCAAAUAGUGUGUUCAUCUUCUCUUACAAGAAAGCCCAGAAAGAUCUGGGAUAUGAGCCACUCUUCAGCUGGGAGGAAUCCAGGAAGAAAACUUCCCAGUGGAUUGGCUCGCUGGUGAAACAACACAACGAGGCCCUGAAAACUAAGAUUCACUGA